AUGUCGGAUGAGAUAGCAAAAGCUCAAACGGCCAAACCAACUGAAGAUACAAUCUUUGGUAAAAUUGCACGUAAAGAAAUUAAAGUUGAUUUAAUUCAUGAUGAUGAUCAGUGUGUUGCAUUUCAUGAUUUAAAUAAACAAGCACCAACACAUUUUUUAGUUAUACCAAAAGAACCUAUUACACAAUUAUCAUCAUGUACACAAUCACAUGAACAAUUACUUGGUCAUUUAUUAAUUGUUGCUGCUCAAGUUGCUAAAAAAGUAGGUCUUAAUGAAGAUGGAUAUCGUUUAGUUAUUAACAAUGGACGAAAUGGUGGUCAAAGUGUUUAUCAUCUUCAUAUACAUGUACUUGGUGGACGACAACUCGAUUGGCCACCUGGCUAG